AGCCCAUUAAGAAUCCUGACCCACGACGGUUAGCCUUUGGCUGCUCGACUCCGGCCGAGCGCGAGUUCUGCCUUCAGUCCACCACCGACGGCCGUCUCUCCUUUUCCCCACGGCGUCCAAAACCCUAGAAACCUCAGGGGAAGGAGGGAGAAUUGUGUGUGUGUGCGGCAAUGGAGAAGCUGGACGAGAGCAAGUUCGAGAAGCAGCUGCAGCUCUGGGCGCUCCGCAUCCCCCGCGAGCUCGCCUCCGCCGUCACCCGCUUGCUCCGCUCCGGGCCCCUACUGGACAUGCCGCGGGUCAAGCCUGUAGUUGAGGACCCUGGGAGUGACAAGAACAGACUCGUGGUGCUGUCGGAGAAGAUCCAGAACCCAGAUUUGUCCGACAUUCCGGAGCAGGUUCACAAUUCCUUGAAGCAACUCUGCAGUGUUGAUGUUGUACCUUACAUGUUGACUCUUGGUUAUUCUUACUGGAGUGCUGAUCAAAUUCUGAAGCAAAUAUUGCCUGAAGGAGUAGAGGUGCCCUCUUCUUUUGAAACAAUUGGCCAUGUUGCUCACUUAAACAUACCUGAUGACUUGCUAGCAUACAAAGAUGUCGUAGCAAAGGUUAUCUAUGAUAAAAAUUAUCCAAGGAUUCAAACAGUGGUGAAUAAAGUUGGGGCAAUUUCAAAUGAAUUUAGAGUUCCAAAGUUUGAGAUUCUAGCAGGGAAAAGCGAUAUGGUGACUGAAGUUAAACAGUAUGGUGCUACAUUUAGACUUGACUAUAGUUUGGUCUACUGGAAUUCGAGACUUGAGCACGAACACAUCAGAUUGGUUUCCCUUUUCAAGAAAGGAGAUGUUAUCUGUGACAUGUUUGCUGGUAUUGGCCCAUUUUCUAUCCCAGCCGGACAGAAAGGAUGUGUUGUAUAUGCAAAUGAUUUAAAUCCAGACAGUAUUCAUUAUCUGAAGACAAAUGCAAAGAUUAACAAGGUGGAGGAUUAUAUCUUCACAUAUAACAAGGAUGCUAGAGUAUUCAUGCAAAGUUUAAUGGCAGUACCUGACCCAGAAACUAAGCCCGAGUGUCAAUUUGGUGCUGCUAAUCGCUGUUCUGAAGAAAUGGGUUCUUCUGGUAAUGAACAUUCUACGUCGAAUGGAAAUCAUAAUGAUGUACAAGAGAUCAGGCAGGAGAGUUUGGAUGGAUCCUCCAUGGUAAACACUAACGCCAAAAGGCGUCAAGAAACCUCUAACGAAGGUGAUGUUGCCUGCCAAGAAGAUGCCAAUCAAACAAAAAAGAGGAACAAUAAGAAAGUAAAAAGCUCAGGGCCACUACCUGUCAAGCCUUGGGAGCACGUUGACCAUGUAUUAAUGAAUCUCCCUGCUUCUGCACUGCAGUUUCUCGAUUGUUUUAGUGGUCUUAUUCAAAAGAGAUACUGGAAAGGGUCAUUACCUUGGAUCCACUGUUAUUGUUUCAUACGUUCGAGUGAAUCUGAAGAAUCGAUAUUAUGUGAAGCACAAAAUAAACUGAAUGCCAAGAUAGCAGAACCGAUAUUCCAUAGGGUUCGUGAUGUUGCACCGAACAAGGCUAUGUUUUGCUUAAGUUUUAGGUUGCCCGUGGAAUGUCUUAAGGAGGAAACUGAAGAUCACAUUCCGUCAGUUGACGGUUAGCCUUCUUCCAUGCGUUGCUUCUGAAGUUACGGCCGUUUCCUGGUACACUUCAAGAGGUUUGCUGAAGAAAUGUCAGUCGUCCUAGUAAAUCUUCGAGCUAUGCAGUGCAGUCUGAGCUGAAUCACCAUUGCAUGAUCAACGGGAAUUAAUAGGAAUAUAGGAUGUUUUGUCAGUUUUAACCUGGGAGGUGCUUGUUCGGGGCUGAAAUUUAGCACUGCUGACUUGAGUUCUGCUUACAUGAGCAAACAAGUGAAGUGGUUGUUACGUGGAUUUGUAAGGCUUCACGUAAGUGCAGAGAGAGAUUGGUUUCCAGUUUCCAGGUUUUUUUAACCUUGUAAUUGAAUCAUGAUGAAAUCCGAAAUAUUAGCACUUUGAACACUA